CACGAAACAAGCACCAACAUUAAGCAGCAAAUUUAACAGCAAUGGCUUCCAUGGGAGCUGCAAUGAUGCUCUUCUUCUUCUUGCUGGCUUGCUUCCUAUCUGCCACUUCCACCCAGGCUGCAGAAAGUGUUCAUCACAAGUCCAAGACUCACGCUCCAUCCAAGGUCCUUCCAGCUCCUGCUCACGCUCCAAUGGCGAUGGCUCCUUCGUCUCAUGAACACCAUCACCAUGUCCUUCCUCCACGCAAGUCUGUAGAACACCACCACCAUCGCCAUCAUCACCAUGCGCCAGAGGAGGCACCUGUUCAUCACCACUCUCAUUCGGAGAAGGCUGAGCACCACAACCACAACCACCGUCAUCACCAUAACUACGCUCCAGAGAUGGCACCAGCUCCACAGGAGUCUAAGCACCAUCAUCACCACGGCCUUUCUCCGGCUCCGGCUCCUAGGAAGUUCCUUUCCUUUUUUUGGUAGAACGAGGCUUUUAAGUACUGUUGCGACAUGAUCAAUGAUAUGAUCCGGUGGAGGACUUUGUUGUUGUGGUUUUAGGGAAACAAUAAAUUAAGUACUUAGAAGUACUGAUGCCUUUGUGUCAGUUGGUCGCAUACUGUCCUGUUUAUUCAGGAUUAUAGGUAUGUUUGGUCGUUUUUUUCCUUAUGUUAGAGAGUCUGUGACUGUGAUCAAGUAGUGAUCAUGGCUCGUGUCUUAGUAAGGAACACUACUACUUAUCAGGGUGCUUAUCAAAGUGAUCACAUGACCAGUUUCAGUAAUAAUCAAGACCUCUAUCAUGG